CCGCUACACCCACGCCCCAUUGUGGAAUUCACUGUGCUUCUGCGCCAUACAACUAAAUGGGUCGUUCGUCCGUUCUGACCGCGGACAAUCUAUCAUGCCUACUGCGCAUGUGCUCCCCGAGGCCGAUGAGCUUCUUCAGCAAGUCGCCGCUUCCCUCUUCAAAUCGAGGAAGAUUGUCGUCGUCACCGGUGCGGGCAUCAGCACGAAUUCGGGUAUUCCGGACUUCCGAUCCGAAAAUGGCCUCUACUCCUUGAUCCAAGCGCAAUUCGAUGCCGCUAGACAACCCGCCACAUCACAACCCUCUCUCUGUCCCGCAGACGCCGCUGCCUCCAGCGGUCCAUCCUCUUCCCUCCACGAGGAUGCACCGCCAGCCAAGAAGAGAAAACUUUCAUCCGACUUUGGAAAUGAUGGUUCUGGAUCAGAGCGGCAAGGUUCAGAAAUCAUAUUCCAACCACUGCCUCCGAGGCAAAACGCGACGAAGAGGCUACCCGCCCACUGCGAUCAGCAUGAUCGGGAGGAAGUGCAACUAGAAGAGACGGACACAACAGCCGGGCUUUCCACAUGCCGCUCAGAACGUACCGGGCGUCUGAGGUCCCAUUCGGCUGGGCCCUGCACUCCUAUCCAUCGUAGGCCUGGGAUAGCCUCUGGAGGCGCUACAGGCGACGGAGAGGAGCCUCACAGCAUGUCGGCAGCACGCCCCUCAGCACGCGCAAGAUCACUGAGUCCGGUACGAAGCAAAAAUGACUACGGAUGUGGGACUAUGGGGAAGAAACCUUGGCCUUGUGUCCCCGGCCUUGAGAUUCACAGGGCGGCCCUGCGUUCGACCCUGCGUUCGACCCUGCAUUCGAGCCGAUCCUCUACGCGUCGCCAGAUCGUAGACGUACCGUCGAGCCCAUCGCCUCUGUCAUCAACGCCGACCGGCGGCUGCACUCAACCAGCACUGCCUCAGCAUAAAAGCCAACCCAUACAUGGCGAUUUUCUCGCGCCGUCCCAACCGCCACAAUCCAUGCUCUCUUUCAACUCCUCGCCGCUUUCGUCCCCGCCACCUGUCCUCUUCGAUCCAUUCCAGGAAUCGUCCUCCUCGUCCAGUCAACAUACUUCCAGUGUGGCUAGCAGUACGGCCGCCUCCGAGACCGAUGAAACCACGCCGACCUCUGUACCAUCCUUGGUGUCGCAGACAUCCUCAACGUCAAAUUCGAGCCGAUCGAGCUUACCGACGCUCAAAGGACGCGACCUCUUCGACGUGUCCAUCUGGUCGGACCCCGUGCGAACGUCCGUCUUCUAUACUUUUGCCACCACCCUCCGCCAGAAAGUCCGCCAAGUCGACCCGACCGCGUCGCACCACUUCAUCGGCCACCUCCGCGAUCGCGGCAAGUUGGUCCGGUGCUACACGCAAAACAUCGACCAGAUCGAAGAGAAGGUCGGCCUCUCGACGUCCCUGCAACAAGGGCCCGGGAACCGGAGCAGGUUCUCCAGAAAGUCCCUCGGGGCAGGCGCCUCGGCUGCCAGCGCAUCCGCCCAAGGCACCCCCACCUCAAGCUCGGGGCCGGAAUCGAACCCGCCGUCACGCCGGGACACAUCCGACGGGGGCGUCGAGUGCGUCUUCCUGCACGGGUCCCUGCAGUCCCUCCGCUGUUUCCGCUGCGGUCGGAUCGCCGAAUGGGACGAGGACGGCCGGUCCCUCGACACGCUCUCGGGACGACAACCCGAGUGUCCUCACUGCGCUGGCGCCACCGCCGCCCGCCAAGAGAAGGGCAAGAGGGCGUUGGGCGUGGGGAAACUCCGCCCCGACGUCGUGCUAUACGGCGAGGAGCAUCCCAACGCGCACCUCAUCGAUCCCAUCGUGAAGCAUGACCUGGCCUUGUACCCCGACUUCCUCCUGAUUCUCGGCACGUCUCUCAAAGUACACGGGCUUAAGGUUCUCGUGCGCGAGUUCGCCAAGACGGUCCGUAGCAGGGGAGGUAAGGUCGUCUUUGUCAACUUCACCAAGCCUCCCGAGAGUUCAUGGGGCGAUAUCAUCGACUAUUGGGUCCAGUGGGACUGCGAUUCCUGGGUCUCGAAUCUCCGGGAGAGGAUCCCUCUUCUGUGGCUGCCGCCAGGGACAAAGCUGCCUGCCCAGCCGAAGAAGAAGCGGGAGAGCUCCGGAGGUACGAAACCGGCCAGGAAGAAAGCCAAGACGAUCGAGGAAGGGAAUCAAGCAUCGAUCACUGUCAAGCUGCUUAGUGAUGAGGCUGCAAACCCCGAAUCCGAGUCUGGACUCGGCGCCACAACUAACGCCGUCACGUCUGCCGAGACGUUUGCGGAGACAUCCCAUGCCGGCCUGAACUCGGACAUGGACCAACCCCCGGAUCCGCCCAGUGCCCAGCCGAAACCACCGCCCCAGCGACCCAUGUCGAUGCGCGACGACAAAAUCAACGCCGCGUACCUGACGUGGCAGAUCACCCGGGAUCUUAGACGAAUCUCGGGCCGCCAUUCGGAACCCAUCGACACGUUCUCCCGUCCAUCCCAGACCCAGAAGCCCUCGCGCGUCUCGACAGGGCACAAAGCCAAGGCCCCUUGCACCCCGACGUGUCCGCCUUCGCGGAUUCCACUACCGUCGUCUGCGAUUCGCGUCAAGGCCAAACGCGAAGACGGCCGACCACGCAAGCCGCUCCCGUCGAGCCCCGUCCACCACGACAAGCCGAACCCGGCAGAAGAAAAGAAGCCGCGCCAAAGAAAACCUGCCCCGGGUUGGAUUUACGUUCCCGUCGGGGCUGCAGCUGCAGAUGAAGAAGGUCCAUCGAAUAGCCAAGGGGCAGCUACAUGUACCCAUAACCCACCUGCAUCCUCACCGACAGCGACGGGCCCGAGCGGUGAACAGUCGAUCCUGGCGGCCGUCAAAUCCAACCCGAGGAGGAGGAAACGCAAGAUGAUUGGCGGCGUCGAGGUGUCACUACCAACCGCGACGCGACGUGCGACUCCCGCCAAGGACUCUGCGGAACCGCCACCCCCGGGCGGCAGUCUGGCGAAGCCCAUGUCCCGACCGAUCCUGCCGCCGCUCAUCCCGUCUCCGAACAAGGAGAAACCCCGUCACUUACGGCCGGCUCAUCGGCCACCCCGUCUCUUGCUGGACGAAUCCGUCGAACUGGCACCCAUCCGCCAUUCGCUGGGCGACCGGCCCGCACCCCCCCUGAAACCGAUGCCGCUGGAACCGUCUUCACCACCCGCUGGGCCCCUGGCGACCAUCUCGCCCAACGCCACUCUCCGCCCCACCAUGAAAUCGACCACGCCCUUCGCCUACUUCGAUUCCCUGGUGCACCAGUUGAAGCAACCACCCGUUUGGAAGCUCAGGCCCGCGGGGCCGUUCUUCAAAUCACUCGGCCUUGGCUGGACCCGGUCGCAGGAGACUGAGGGGGCAACAACGUCCGGGGGCAUCUAGGAGUCCGUGUCCCGCUUUGUACAUGGCCUUUUUUUUCGACACUUUUUUCAAGUUCUUU